UUUCAUUCAUUCACACAUACCCUCGUAAAACCUCGAAGCUUCAAAGAGGGUUUAUGAAGGAGGUUGUUUCCCGAACACUAUAGAAGUUUGCAGAGUGAGCAACUGAGCAUAUACUGCAUACGUAAUGGAGUUCCCUUCUUCUUCUUCUUCAUCCUCCAUCUUCUCCCCGCGCCCAUCAGACGACACCGUUUUCUACGCCAUAUACCCUGACUCACCCACCGCAACCACCACCGUGACGCUCCAGUCCCUCCACCUCAAAAUCCUCGAAACCCUAUCUCCCUUCACCCAAGACUACAUAUGGCAGCACCAGCCCUUCGCUCUCUCCGUUUCAACUCCGCCGAACCCCUCCUGCCCCUGCCCCUCCUCCUCCCACCUCCCCCACCUCCACGGCCACCUCCGCUUCGGCGACAACCUCGACGACGAGUGGUUCGCCGUCUUCCUCCUCUUCCAAAUCUCCCAACGCUUCCCCUCCCUCUCCAUUCGCCUCUGGGACUCCGACGGCGACUUCCUCCUCAUCGAGGCCGCCUUCCACCUCCCCCGCUGGCUCAACCCCGACAGCGCGCACCACCGCCUCUUCCUCCGCGACGGAAGCCUCCACAUCGUGCCGCGUAACCGCCUCCCCAACCCCUCCCUCAUUGACUCUCUCAACUUCAUCGUUAAUUCCCCUCACGAAUCCCUCGCCUCCGACGGAAUCCAGCGCGCCGUCAGAAAACGCAUAAGUAAUUACCCCGAACAAGCUAGGAAGAACAUGCAUAGGGUUAGGGUUAGGGUUCCGGUGUCCGUGGCGCAGGUUCUGAAGCACGAGCCGCGGCUAAUUUCCCUUGCAGUGGAAGGGUUCUACGAUAGAGAUAUAGACACGAUGAAGUUCGCGUCGAGGAUGGAGAGGUUUGUGGAGAGAGGGAAAGCGGAGGAGUUGGUGUGCGUUUCGGUGAAGAUGUCGAGGGCGAUGUACGCACAGCUGGUGCAGCAGAGGUUUCAGGCUCCCAAGUGUUACCCGGGGAUGCCGGCUCGGAGCGAGAAGGAAGGGUUUGCGGAGGCGGAGCUGGGGAUGAAGAUAGCGUGUGGGUUGGAGAUGAUGUAUCAGCAGCGGAAGCGCGACGGGGUGGAAGGGAAAGGGAGCUCUUGGGAGGCGUUUAGGAAGAGUUUGGAGAGUAGUGGGUACUUCCAAGGGAUGCUUCCGGGUUCCUCUGAGUAUCAGAGAUUGAUGCAGAGUGCUCAAGAGUAUUAUAGAAAUACUUCUCUGCACUCUAAGGCCAGUGACUUGCUGAAUGCUCCUGUUAGACGCAUAGAUGAAAUUCUUGCUCUGCCUCAUUUGGUGGAUGAUUUUAAGGAUCAGGAGGUUCCUCCAUCUGAUGAUGAUUCCUGGCUUUAUGGUGGAGAGGAAGAGUUGAACUCUGUUCUUAUGGAAAGACAAAAGGAGAUGGAACUAUAUGACUUAAAACACAAAAAGAAAGGGAAAGCAAAAGAGGGUCAAGAUGCUGGUCCAUCAUCUGCUUCGAAUGCUGACGAGUUUGAUCCUGGUGAUAUAGCAAAAACCAUGCAGGCAUUUGUCCAUAAGCUGUCAAGUUACAAGGGUGCUGAAGCUCCUGAAGACAGGAAUAAGGAAGUAGACCUUGAUGUGGACCAAUUUAUUAAAGACAUGGAAUCAAUAAUGAUGCAUACAGACGGUGAAGUUGCCAACAGCAAUAUUGAAGAAGGAUCGUCGUCUGACCUGGACUUUGAUGAUUCUGAUGAGAGUGAUAUUGCUGAAUUGGAUGAGGAUACUAAGGAUGGAGAGGAAAUUUUCAUGCGGUCCUAUUCUGAUGCUAUGAAUGAAGAACUGAAGACAACCACCCUUCAGAAAAGUUUUGUUCGUGCUAAUGAACAAAUUCCAAAGAAGGAUCAGGGAACGUCAAAUGCAUCAGAACAUAUUAUGGACGAGGAUUUUUCUCCUGUAGAUGUGGAUGUAAAUUUAGUAAAAAGCUUACUCGAUUCCUUUUCUUCCCAGCAAGGGCUUCCUGGUCCAGCUUCCAAUUUGCUUGGCCUCAUGGGGGUGCAGUUACCACAAGAUGGCAAGAAGGGCAAAUGAAGAUACUGAAAUAUUUUUCCAGGUUUUUGAUGUUUUGGGAUUCUCCAAAGGUAUAGUCUCUGGAUGGCAUGUUUCCCAGCAUGUUUGCCGAUAUCCUUUCUCCACAUUGGGUAGACAACCUGCUUAGCAGAGGGCAUAUGGGAAUACUUGCAGUUCCGGUGUGACUGCACCAGGUUUUGGGACUCCAUUUGAAUAGAAGUGUCUUCUUUCCUUACCUCCAGACAAAAGCAAGAGAGCGUUCAUCUGUAGCAUGUUCAUUGGCAGUAAUACAAGGGCAAGAGAAGUCUAGGGAAAAUGCAUAACUAUCUUAUAUAGCAAAUCUGUUUAAAUCAGGAGUGAUUAUCACUAAAUGAUUCCCAACAGUGGUUUAUAUUGAGUUUGGGUCAUCCAUUAUUAACAGUUGAUGAUUGCCCCCUUUUUUUGGGUUAAGCGAUUUCCGUUGAUAAUGUUACAAUUACUGUUUUAGUUAAA